AUGUAUGGCCCAUUUUCGAACCUAUCAAGAGGGACACUCAAUCCUGCCCUUGAUCGUGACUCGGCCGCCAUCCGACGGUUCUGCCCGGCCGGCGUGGAGGAACAAGAAGAGCUGCAAGGCCGCUGGGAUGACACCUUUAGUGAGAUUGGCACAUGGUCACCUUGGGACACUAGUAGUCCUCCUUACUUAGGGCCGUCGGAGCAAGAUGAGCUUGUCGAUAGCUUCAUCAACAUGGAUUCCUAUGAUGGUGGCCCACCGUCGGCCCGGACUCAUGAAUCCUCACACGAACUCGGUACACCGCCAAUGUCGAACACUAUCUAUGAAGAAGUCCCGAUGAUCAAAGGAGAUGAACUGGAGCUGGUGGUCCCGAGCGUGCACGGCACGACAUAUGGAGUGGACCAAGGCCUUCAUCUGGUCCACUUGUUAUUAGCUUGCGCCGAGGCCGUUGGAUGUAGGGACACCCAACUAGCCACUUCAAUGCUUAACCAGAUCUGGGCAUCAGCUAAUCCAUGGGGUGAUUCACUUCAAAGGGUAUCCUUUUGCUUUGCAAUUGGAUUGAAAUCUAGACUAUCUCUUUUACACAAUGUAGGUGCAAAUGGGCAAUUGCCCAAUGUUGGUGUAGAUGGCCCAUUAAUCACUAAAGAGGAAAAGAUGGACGGCUUCCAUCUCCUCCACCAAAGCACUCCUUACAUAGCUUUUGGCUUCAUGGCUGCAAAUGAAGCCAUAUCUCAUGCUGCCCAAGGAAAAGAUUCCAUACACAUCAUUGAUCUAGGGAUGGAACACACCCUCCAAUGGCCUUCUUUGAUCAGAACACUCGCUUCACGGCCAGGUGGCCCACCAAAAACACUUCGAAUCACAGCUAUUGGUGUAGGCCCCAACCUUCCAGAGUUAGAAGCCGGCAUGAAAGUCAUAUCGGAUGAAGCUACCUCACUUGGUUUGCCGGUCGAGUUCCAUGCGAUCGCAGACCAUCCAACCCCAUCUCUGUUGAAUAAUGAGACCCUUGAUUUGAAAGAAGGAGAUUUUUUAUUUGUUAAUAGCAUCAUGCAUCUACAUAAGUAUGUGAAAGAAAGCCGUGGAUCGCUUAAGGUGAUUCUCCAAGCGAUUAGGAAGCUUAAUCCGGCCUUGCUUACCGUCAUUGAGCAAGAUGCGAAUCACAACGGGCCGUUCUUCCUCGGUAGAUUUCUUGAAUCGCUUCACUACUACUCUGCCAUCUUCGACUCCCUUGAAGUUAGCCUCCCUCGGCCUAGUCCACAGCGGAUGAAGAUUGAACAAUCACAUUUUGCAGAGGAGAUUCGUAACAUUGUUGCAUUUGAAGGAUCGGAUCGAGUCGAGAGGCAUGAGAGAGCUGAUCAGUGGCGCCGGCAACUUGGGAGGGCUGGAUUUCAAGCUGUUGGGAUCACGUCCAUGAGCCAAGCAAGGAUGAUGCUGUCUCUGUAUGGGUGUGAUGGUUACACACUUGCUAGUGAGAAGGGAUGCUUGUUGUUGGGGUGGAAAGGGAGACCUAUCAUGUUAGCAUCUGCAUGGCAGGUGCACCCAAGUGCAGGUACUUGA